CAAAACUCCAAACGCGAAUAUUAUUCUCUAAGGCAUCCUUUAACCAGAUCUCUAGUAUAUUCAAUAGAAUAACCUUUAUAGAUCCUAUAUAAAAACAUAAUGAGUGCUAUCACAGACAUUGUCGACACAACUGGCGAAGACCAGAUGGCCUUCAGCGAUAUUGAAGAAUUGACUUCUCAUGGCAUCGGAAUGACUGAUAUUGUUCGUCUUAAACAAUCCGGAAUCUGUACUGUUCAGGGGGUCCAUAUGUCUACCAAGAGAUUCUUGCUAAAAAUUAAGGGAUUCAGUGAAGCAAAAGUAGAUAAACUCAAAGAAGCAGCUUCAAAGAUGUGUCCGGUGAAUUUCGCUACGGCAAUGGAAAUUAGCCAAAACCGUAAGCGAGUAUGGAGCAUUUCCACUGGCUCGGAAGCAUUGAACGGGAUUUUGGGAGGUGGAAUUCAAUCCAUGAGUAUUACAGAAGUGUUUGGCGAAUUCAGAUGUGGUAAAACGCAAAUGUCUCAUACUCUCUGCGUAGCCGCACAACUUCCUAGGGAUAUGGGCGGCGCAGAAGGGAAAGUAGCUUUUAUUGACACCGAGGGAACAUUCCGUCCUGAUCGUAUUAAAGCAAUCGCUGAACGCUAUGGUUUGGAUCCUGAUCAAACAAUGGAAAACAUCAUUGUUAGUCGCGCUUACAAUUCUGAACAGCAAAUGGACUAUAUCACAAAACUGGCAACUAUCUUCGCCGAAGAUGGUCAAUAUCGACUUCUCAUUGUUGAUUCUAUUAUGGCACUUUUCCGAGUAGAUUACUCUGGAAGAGGUGAACUGUCAGAGCGACAACAAAAACUCAAUAUCAUGUUGGCCCGGCUAAAUCACAUUUCGGAGGAAUUUAAUGUAGCCGUUUUUGUUACGAAUCAAGUGCAAGCAGAUCCUGGUGCUGCUCUCAUGUUCGCUUCCAACGAUCGCAAACCGGUCGGUGGCCAUGUCAUGGCACAUGCCAGCGCUACACGCUUACUUUUAAGAAAAGGACGGGGAGAAGAGCGUGUUGCAAAACUUAAUGAUUCCCCCGAUAUGCCUGAAGCUGAGUGUAGUUACAUUAUCACUCCCGGAGGAAUUGCAGACGUGUCUUAAUUUGGCAAAAUCCAAAUUUUUUAUCUACAAAAAAUAAAAAACACCUGGGAAGGAGAAAAAACAGGUUCAACUUUAAUAAUUAACGACGGUACCAGGUUCGUCAGCCUCUUUAAGCAAUCUAUAUGGCUCUCGAUCGAGAACAAUAUUAGCAGAAAUGCCCGGUGCAAAUCAUACUACAUUUCUUUGACAUUUAAAUUCAUCCUAGCUAUUCGCAGACUGCAUUACCGGAUUCGAGAUGAGAUGUGAUACCAUACAAUGAAUUUAAUUUAUCAAAAAAAAAAAGAAGCCAUCUUGGCCAAUUUAGCUCCAAGUUAUUUAUUCUGUUUGAAAUUCACGGCAACUCAUCGGCGUCACCAUCUAUUUUCUAUUUUAUCGCGAUUUUUUCUUACCUUUAUUUACGUUACUUUAUCUUUGUUUAACCAUAUGACUAUUGUGCGUUAUGUGGGACCAGGCCCGGUAAUGGAUUACUCUGGAACGAGAAUACAUCAGACAGACUAGUUACAGGAGCCCGAAGUGUUCGAUAACGUUCUUUGUUACCAAAUGUUAUGGAAAAUCCGUUGUUGUAUCUUUAAGAAAAGGCGUAUUAUGCACUGCGUAGCGUUACGAAAAUUUGCUGAUGAAGCAGUCCCCUAU